CCUCAUCUUCCUUCAUCCACAGAAUCAAUAUGGCUAUUCCAGUACCCUGUACACGUUUUAGUGAUAACUACGAAUUAAAGGAAGAACUCGGAAAAGGUGCAUUUUCGAUUGUAAGAAGAUGUGUUCAAAAGCAAAGUGGAUUAGAAUUUGCUGCAAAAAUUAUAAAUACGAAAAAACUGUCUGCAAGAGAUUUUCAGAAACUGGAACGUGAAGCAAGAAUCUGUCGUAAACUGAAUCACCAAAAUAUAGUUCGGCUGCAUGAUAGUAUACAAGAAGAAGGUUAUCACUACUUAAUUUUUGAUUUAGUUACUGGAGGAGAACUGUUUGAAGACAUUGUAGCCAGAGAAUAUUAUAGUGAAGCUGAUGCGAGCCACUGCAUACAACAGAUACUUGAAAGUGUUCACCAUUGUCAUAUGAAAAGUAUUGUGCAUAGAGAUCUUAAGCCUGAAAAUCUAUUAUUAGCAAGUAAAGCAAAAGGUGCUGCUGUCAAGCUUGCAGAUUUUGGCCUGGCAAUUGAAGUGCAGGGGGAGUUACAAGCUUGGUAUGGUUUCGCUGGAACUCCUGGUUAUCUUUCACCUGAAGUGCUUAAGAAAGAUCCUUAUGGAAAGCCUGUUGAUAUAUGGGCAUGCGGUGUUAUACUAUAUAUCUUACUAGUUGGGUAUCCUCCAUUUUGGGAUGAAGAUCAGCAUAAAUUGUAUGCACAAAUCAAAGCUGGAGCUUAUGAUUACCCUUCUCCAGAAUGGGACACAGUCACCCCAGAAGCAAAAAAUCUCAUAAAUAGUAUGUUAACAGUUAAUCCCGAUAAAAGAAUUACAGCAUUAGAAGCAUUAAAACACCCAUGGGUUUGUCAAAGAGAAAGAGUUGCAUCUACACUUCAUAGGCAAGAGACUGUUGAUUGCUUGAAGAAAUUCAAUGCUAGGAGAAAGUUGAAAGGUGCCAUUCUAACUACCAUGUUAGCGACAAGAAAUUUUUCUAAUCGUAGCAUGGUAAAUAAGAAAUCCGAUGGUGGGUCACAAGUAAAGGAAUCAACAGACAGUAAUGCCACAUUGGAGGAAGAUGAUGUUAGAGCUUUAAAGAGUACUAAUGGAAUCAUUGAUCCUCGUAAACAAGAAGUUAUCAAAUUAACAGAACAGUUGGUAGAUGCUGUGAAUAGUGGUGACUACGAUGGUUAUUCAAAAUUUUGUGAUCCUCAUAUGACAGCCUUUGAACCAGAAGCUUUAGGUAAUUUGGUCGAAGGAAUGGAUUUCCACAAGUUUUACUUUGAUAAUGUUUUAGGUAAAAAUAGUAAAACAUUAAAGAGCACGAUAUUGAAUCCUUCAGUUCAUCUAAUGGGAGAUGAUGCAGCCUGUAUAGCAUACAUAAGACUCACACAAUACAUGGAUAAGACGGGGAUGGCACACACGCAGCAGUCCGAAGAAACAAGGGUGUGGUGUAAGAAGGACGGGAAGUGGCAAAACGUGCAUUUUCAUAGAUCCGGCUCUGCCUCAUCUCCAUUCACCGCAGUUCACAAGUAGAAAUGUUAAAGAACAAAGACGCUCUUUGAUUGCAGACAUGAGUGACUCAAAAUAGCUGUCUUAAUCAGUGAAAUCACCCCACCUUGGCAUCAACAGUCUGACUGUCUUUACAACAAUCCCAUUCAAAUCUUUUUACUCGGUUGUUCUGUCGCUAAUGGAGAUGGGUGAAUUAAAUGCCAUUUGUGCAGCUACAUGGUGUUGUGGAGGAAAAUCACUGAAGCAUGGCAUGGAAGCUGUGAUUCUUUGUUUUGAUGGAAGAAAUGUUUUCAUCAAAUAUUUAUUUGAAUAUGUUUUUUUGUAAUGUUUUACAUUUCUAGCUAUAUAAGUGAAUGAGGUGUAUAGUUAAAUGUAUCAAAUUGUUUUGUUUCAUUGAUAGGAUCCAUUUUAGGGAAUGUUUUCAAAAAAUACUGUUUUAUUCUUAUAUCAAAUUUUUCUAUUGCAUUAUGUUUCAGGAGUCAGUUAAGAUAUGAAUCGAGUAACAUCACAAAAGUUCUGUUUUAAAAAUGUUGUUGCGAAAUUUCAUUCAUGAAACAUAACCUACAUGACAUUCAUCGAAUUGUAUCUUAGUUUCAUUUUUCAUGAAAAUGAAUGCAUUGGAUAUUAUAAGGGUUUUUUUUUUUUUAGUUGAUGCAUCGAAUUAUCACUGUGUAAUUUCUAAAAUCACCACUUUAACUAAUUCAAAAAAAUUAUUAUUUUUAUUGAGAUCAUGUUUUCAUUUAAAAAAUUCAAGCCUUUUUUUUUUCUGAAAACCUGUAUGGACCUCUGAUGUAUUUAUUGCAUCUUCUUUCUUACGUUUGUAUUGAAUAAUCCUUACAUAAUAAUUUAAUAUAAUACAUCAUUGUCAAAGCAUUUCUAAGGUAUGUAUUACAUGAUUUUGUUCUUCAUGUGAUAUAUUCAAUGUUGUGGCAAAACAAGGUAUGCAUACACAGAUGCUUACAUGUAAAUAUACUAAAUUAUGUUUGAAAUAAUAUAUUUUCUAUUUUAUUCAAAAAAAAAAUCUAUUUGUUUUAAACUACUUAGAUGAUCAAAUAAUUUUAUAUUACUAGACUGACUAAUGAAAAUAUAUCAAUUUUUACAAUUAGGUAGAAAGAACUUCAAUAAUAAGCUAUUUAUUGUUAAAAUAAUCUUAACCUGUCACCUAUUUAAAUGACCUAAAAUUCUGAAUGCCUACAGAAAAUCAAAAUGUUAGUUGUGAACUACAAUUUAUUUCAAUAUUGUUAUUCAUUUGUUUUUAAUAUAUUUACAUAUUAACGUUUAUUUUAUUCACAAAAUAUGUGUACAGAUUUUUUUUAAUUGGAUAAUUUGUUGCUUUUCACUAAUAUUUCUCAUUACAGCUGAUUACUAAUUAGUACUAAUUAGUAAAUUCUUGUGCUGUCCAAUCUCUUGUGUAUCAUCUGUGCUAUGUGUGCCAUUUUUUCCCUACAUUUUUAAUGUUGAUGUAAAUCCUAUAAAACAUGCCUUAUUGGGGGGGAAAAAAGUUAAUUCAAAAAUCAGUUCCAUGUCUUGAAAAAAAUAUUUUCUUAGGGAAAUAACAAAAUAAAUAAUUUACGUGUAAGAAUAGGUAAAAAUGCUAUCUGUGCCAACCUCUUUUCAAUUCCAAAUUAUCAUUGAACUAAAUUCUGUGAAGUGUUUAAAACUUAUACAUUAUUUAUUCAUUUCAAAUUUAAUCGUUUGAUUGAAAUAUUUUUUAUUUUGAUGUGGGUUGUUUUGUUCUAGAUUCAGUGUUUUACACUACCGAGGGUUUUGGAUCUUUGUAACUUUGUUCAAAUUGAAGCCAAAGAAAUAAUUAUUUGUAAAAUUAAUAAAUUCUGCACUUAUCCAGUCUAUGGGAUGCACUGCAAUUUAUCAAAGUAGAAUAAUGAAAAAUACUUGGAUUGGUUAAAUGCUCAUUUUAAUAAUAUUUUUUCGAUGAAAUUGGAAAGACUGCAUUAGAAAAUUAAAAAAUACAUCAAUGUUUGUAGCCUUCCACAAGUUCACUACUACUACUAGUAAAAUAAUGUGUGAUUUUCGUAUUCAAUGGGCUCAAAACAGUGUUAUAAUUGAUACCUGUAAUAAAUACAAUUGUUUCAUUUUCUUAAAAUUACAUAUUCUUUGUUGCAGAUCACUUUGCAUAAAUUAUAGUUUUAGCCAGUAAAAAGUGGGCUAGUUGUAGAGAAAAUUGUUGAGUUUGAAGGUGCAUCUUAUAAACCGGGACAUAACUGUAUGCUUUUGCAUCUUUAGGAUUGUUUACCUCAUGAGUAAUUUCAAAGGAUGCAAAUGUUCUAUCCUAUUCUUCGUAAAAAUUGUGUCAAAAAUCUUUUUUUUUUUUUUUUUUCAAUUCUGUUGAAUUUUUUUUCUUUGGCAAACUUGAAAUUAAACCCAUGUGUUCAACAUCACUUUUUAUGAACAUAAACGUUUUUUUUUUUUGGUUGCUUAUUACUUUUUUGUUGGCAUGAAAAAGUAGAUUAAAUAUUGGUUUCAGCUAAUGAGUGUCACAGAUGCAAUUUUACCCAUCAUUACAACAAUUGUUAAUUGAAGAAAAUUAAGUCCUGGCAUAAGUUCUGAAUAAGUGGGUAUUAACUCAGACCUGCCUUUAAAAAAAUUUUGAGUUUCAAUGUCUAGUCAUUUAAAAUAUGUUAUUUACAUUUCUAAACAUUUUCCAACGAUAGGUGAAAAGUUUUUUAAUUACUGAUGCAGGGGCGGACUGGGUCCCACAAGAGGGCGCCAAACUUGGCCUCCAAAGGGCGCAAAAAAAAGAAAGAAAGGAAAAGAAAAGAAACAAUGGUACACAAGUUUACGAAUUUAAAGAAAAAAUUUUAAAAAGCGAAAGAAAAUCGUACAGGUUUGUUAGAGGAAAAAAAAGGAAAUUGCACCAAAAUAUUUUUUAAAUAAAUUAAUUAAAAGAAAUUUAAAAAAACUUUUUUUAAAUUAAAAAAAAAGAUGUUCAGGCUUGAGGGUCAUUGGCCGGUGGGCCGGUCCGCCCCUGUACUGUGUAUAUCAUUAUGUACAAUGCCAUAUAUAUCAAUUUAUUUUAUGUUGAAUUUAAUUUUCAAUUUUUUUAAAUAAAUAUUUUAUUUAAAUUUACUUUACACAGUGCUAUGUAUAUGCAUUUAAAUAUUUUAACUUGUGGUGCUUUUUGAAUUAUUGCAUCUCAGGGAAAUUCUUUUAUUUCUGUAGGCAGGUCUGUUUAUGAUCAAGCUUUAAACGCUCUGUGCAUAUAGGGGUGCUAUUCUUGGAAUAAUACUUUCAUUUCUUAACUAGCAGCCAGCUUAGGCUUUUAAAGAGUUUUCUGAAUUUUUAUGGAACAAAGUAUGUUACGUGGAACAAAAUAGAUUAAUGAACAAAAUUUGCUGUUUGAACAAAAUGCAUUAUGUCAUGAAUGUGCGUGAAAUCACACAUGGAUAGUUUUCAUAAUAAAACUUAGCUUUGCUAUAAAUAUUGGAAAAUAUUUAUAACUAAUCUGUUUCUCGGAUUGUUGCAAGUUGUUGAAUCUUAACCUUUAGCGAAAUAUAAAAUAAAUAACUGCAGAUGGUCGAGUUGCAUUGAAAGGCAUGAAUAGCUGAAUGUUAGCACUUUACAAACUUGAAUGCUUUGAAUUUAUUGCUAUAAUAACUAAAUUUCAUGUGUGUGAUUUCAAGCAUCCAUGUUUAUUUUGUCUUGUGAUAUUAAGCAUAAUUAAACUUAAGUGUUCAAUGUUGAUUUAAGAAAUAUUUAAAGUGUUCGCUUUUACAGCUUUAAUACAAAACUGCUUUUUCAUAAGCAUGUCUUGUAUUGAAUUCAAAAUAAUUUUCUAUGCAAAAGCACCAAAAAAGAGCAAAAAGGCUAUUUUGGAAAUCACUGCUUGUUUACAAUGUAUAAAGCAAAUUUUCAAUAUAUUAUUGUAUUUUUAUUCUAUACUGUGCCUAUAUUGCAGUGGCUCCUAGGUUUUUAAAUGACAGAACUCUCACUAAAGCUUUCUUUCUCAUGAAGUUGUUCUACAUUGACCCCCCCCCCCCCACCACCACCAUUUUUAUCCCUUAAAAUUCUUCCUUACAAAAAUGUCUUUGUAUUUCAUAAAAUAGAGGUGAAAACCUGUAUUUUUAUUUCUUCUUUCCAUAUUGAAACUAAAUGAAACUUAAGGCUUUUUAAAAAGUAAACAGCAGUUUACUUGUUGGGAUUUUUUUUUUAAAUGAAAAAGGUAAAAAUGUGUUUAAUGAUUUAUAUAAUGUUUCUUUUUUUUUUCCGCAAAAGUUGCUGAUUUCGUAUCCACUGCUAGAAAAGAAAGCCAUAGGCAUUGGUGAAAGUCCAUAGGCAUUGGUGAAAAUUUGUUCACUUUUCUGUGCUUAUUCUUUUUCAAACAUCACUACAUUGAUUAUAAUUUAUUUCAAGACAUUUGAUGUUCUUCAUAUUUUUAUUUUAUUACUAGAAAGUCGCCCAUCAAGGUAUGUCGGGUGAAAAUUGCUUUUACAUUUGAGCGAAGCCAUUGCCUGUUUGGUGAUGUUUUGAUACUUGAAAUUGUAACUUUAACUCUAGUGGAUUAACCCUGAUUUCCAGUAGGUAGCAUUCAUUGUUGACCAUUUUUUUUCAUUUCUUCAUUGCAAUGAAUUGACACAGUCUUAACAGUAAAGCCGUUAAGUUGCCUGAUUGAGUUCAGCCUUGUCAUAAUAAAACCUUUCCCUGCAUGUUAAACAUUACCAAAACAUAUUAUCAAAUUAUCAUGUCGUGGCUCGAGUUUCAUUGUUGAAGCACUCGGGUUACUCGAUCAUUGGCUAUUAUUUAAAUGGAUUUAUUUAUGACAUGGAUUUUUCUUUUGUUUAUUUUUACUUAAACAAGUGAAAUACUUCGAAGAACGGUCAGCCGCUUCUCUGAACCAGUGUUUGAAAAUUUCUCUUACAGAUUCUUUUUCAAACCAUAGCCGCCAUUCUUUCAUUUCCACUUCUUUUACAUUUUCGCAAAAUCGCUUAAUAGUUUCCUGAUUUUCCUGGUUACUCGAUCAUCGCUCUUAUUUAUAUGAGGAUAUUGUGGGACUUCUGUGAAUUUUUUCCUUUUGUAAAACAAUCUGGGGGCCACUGUUGUCUCAUCAUGAACCUGUAUGUAUUAGCACCACUAACACAUGAACCUUGUAUAAAUGUAUAGUUGAUUUUUUUCUAUGUUUUCCCCUCCAUUCUGCCUUGCUGCUUGGUAGUGCUGCGUAGGGGUGGAGUCACUGGUGAUGUACACACACACAAGGCAGCUCUCUUUUGAAGAUUUGGAUGGCAUAUGAAAUAAUUGGUGUGGCAUUGGAUUUCAGCCAGUGGACACCUCCCUUUCAAAUUUUUCUGGAUUCUGAAAUUACUUGGCACAUGCUCCCGUAGCGAGGACUUUGUGCCUACCGUUCCUCAUUCUAUAUCUCUUCUUGAUGUCUAUUUUCGUCGACUACGGAAUCACCUCUUUGCCGGCCGAGCGAUUCCCGGCUGAGCGAGAUAUUAUGAUGUGCAUUCGUUGAUAGACUUUGCUCAAAUGAGUUUGCCCUCAAUGAGCAUUUGUAUGUAGUUGCAAAGCUCUUAUUCAUAGACUGCUAUCAGAUUUUUUAAACCUUGUUAUCUAGUCACUCAACACGGUAACUUUGUUAUGUUCAUGCAUGUUUUUGUGAUCUGAUUUUUUUUCCUUAAACUUCUGUCUCAUAAAACAAUUUCAAGAACUCCCAAGUUUAUAUCAUGACAUAAAAGAUAUUUUUCUCAUUAGAGGGUGUUAAAGAGAAAUUUAAAGCUUUGUGUGCUAGACACAAGCUCACUUUCCUUGAGUUUUUAGUUUUGUAUAAUUUAGUUUUGUAGAAAUAUUGUGUUUACUCAUGUGUUAGUUGCCCUUGCUUUAUAGUCACAAGUUAAAUCUAUAAAAUCAACCUAAGCACAAAAAUGACAAAUUUCUUAAUAUUAAUUUUAUCAGCUGAUUUUCAUAACAAGGAUAUUGUUUUGUUUCCUAGUUGCAUGUUAGAUUUGAGCCACAAAGUUACAGUCUUAAUCAGUCUGUAUUUCUCAUUAAAUAGUUCAUCAGUUAUUUAUGCUGAUGGAACUAAAGGUUCCUUUUUUUAACUUUCAGUUAAAGUGAUGCUGGAGAAAAUUGUCCUUCACAACACAGAUCUCAGAAUUUUUUGAAGCAAUGAUUCCCGGGCUUUGGUAGAAAACUUGUAAAUAAUUUGCCGUAAUUUGUUAACUCAUACUAUUUGUUAGCAGGAAAUGGAAAUUAUAUUCAUGAAGUAAUAUAUUAUAAUAAAUACAUAUAUUAUUAUCAAUUUUGUGAAAAAUUUCUAAUUUGGACAAAUUCUGCACAAGGAAAAUGAAAAAUUAAAUUUAAGAUAAAUGAAAAAAUGUCCUUAAAAAAUAUUUUAAAAAAAAACUUGAAUUUGACAAUAGAACUUCCACAAACAUAACUUAAUCUGUUACUGGUUGCAAUUUUUACUAUAUAGUUUUCAUGUACCAGUAUUUUUUUUUCCUACUUGAGCGUAGAUGAGUCUGUGUGAUGGAUUUAAUUGCAAAAUAGUCUCUUUUGAAGUUUUGCUUUAAAAGAAAAGUGCAGCAAAUAUGUGAGUAAACACAAUACUAUUCCUACAGAAACAAAAUUAUGUUUUCAAAAGUAAAUAAUUCUUUCCUUCAGAGACUGAAUUUGAGAAAAUAACAAAAAUCUAUGAUGGUGACGGUAUGUGCAAUAAAAAAGCAACAAAUAGUUUUCAGUUUUAACAUUUUAGAGAUGAUCUCAUCUUAAAAAUGAAAUAGUUCUCAAAAUUUCUUCACGCUUAACUUACAUUUUAUUACAUUUUUUUUUUAAUGCUAGCACUCUCUGGAAAUUUCGUGAGACUGGCAUGAAGUAGUUUUCAAAAUUUCUUCAUACUUGAUUUUUAUCUUAUUUUUGAAAAUAUCUAUUAAUAUUUUUUAAUGAUAGUACCAGCUGCGGAAUGUUUCACACUUACAUGUUUCAGUACUGAUGAAAGAUCAGGUGAAAUGCUGAAAUUUCUCAGUCUAUAAAAUAGGUUUUAAAAUUUAUUUGAUUUUGUAUAGGAACAAAAUAAAUAUGCAAGGUUUUAUUAUAACUGUUUUUCAGUCAAAAAAAAAAGAAAAAGAAAUUUUAAUAGCAUAAUUUACAAUAUUUUGCCACUUAUUUUAAGCUUUCACCAGCAAUAGUAAGCUUCCUUCUGAAAUCUCUAAAUGUAAAACUUAAUGAUUUUAAUUACUUUCUGGAUCUUUGAUCAAUAAAAUAUAACUUUCUCGGUAUAUUCUAUAAAUUGUGUUUGCUUUGUCAGAAGUAUAGUUUUUUAAGGUGUUAAAGAGUAUGUUAAAAAAAAAAUGACUUUUUUUUUUAAUAUUUUUAAACCAUGAAACUUAUUUUCAAAACGUUUAUAAUUUUCCUAUUUGCUUUCUGGACUAGAGAAUAUUAGCUGAUCUUCAUGUCAUGCGCUAUUGACAGUUAAACCAUUUAUUCUAAAUGCUCAAAAUAGUAGGGCUUCACAAGUAUGCCCAUAAAUAGCUGGGCAACAAAGCCAAAAAAAAUGUCUUGAAUCCAAUUUUUAUAUGAGGAUCAUCUGCAUCAGGUUCAAACACCCAAACAACUGCAUCCUCUGCUUUACCCUCUAUCUAAUGAGAAUUUAGCUUCUCAAAUUAAUACUUAUGGUCAUGAAAAAGUUUGGGAAUUAUUGGAUAUGAGUUGUCAUAAGUAAUAUUUUCUCCCCUUUAUAGAAUUUCAUUUUUUUUUAAAUGCAGAUUUUUGUACAUUUUAUUAAAAUUAAUAAAUUGAUAAAAUGGUGAUAUGUUUGCCCUUUGCACACUGCCUUAUUAUUCUAGAAGUGAUUAGUAUCUAUUCAGCAUUUCAAAUGCUGGUUUGUAUAAUUCCAUAAUUAUAAAGAUUCAUAAAAUGUCUUACAAAUAAGCUUAAUGGUUUAGUUUGCUUAGUUAUUCAAGUCUCAAACAUUGUUGCUUUUAAUGGUAAUCUUUCAGAAAUUUUGCAUCAAUCUUGCAAAUUUACUAAGCCUUCAGCAGUAAAACUUUUUUCUCUUCUUGUAAAUGUAUAUGAAACUGUAAUAUUUUGUACAAUAUAAAUGCAUGGUGAUUCUAUUUGUAAAUGUUGUAGUCAUAGUGAUGCGAGCUAUACCUUUUUUAACCAUGUUAUUUCAAUGUUCAUGGUUUAAAAUUUGUUCAAAUCAAUAGCAGCAAGUCU